ACUGGGAGGUUGAACCUGCCCCUUUGGAGGGUGCGUGCGUAGGCUCUGUUCGCCGUGAGCUCAAAUAGAGUCGAAGCCAAAUACCGUGUUCGGGUGCCUAUUGCGUAACAUAACUAUGUUUAGGAGUCCUUGUUUUGGCAUGCCCACUAUGGGACUUUAUUUGGGAGUCUUUGCUUGGAAAUGACGCAUUAUGGGUAAGCAACCAUUAAUUCUCACUGAACUCCAUUUGGAGUGGAAGGCUGGCCUAAAACAAUGGAUCAAAGGGCUCUCUUUUUCCAAUCAACUGGAUAUUUGGCAUGAUUAUAGCACGAGAGGGAUUUGCCACCUAAUUAUGUGACUGCUGAAUAAUGAACUUGGAAAUGGAGAGUCAUGAUAGGUCCCUGUUUUAUCCAAGGAUUCCAAUUGAUGAAAAGAGAAAAAGCUGGAGGCUGCUUUUCCCCACUUAGCCACUAAAUUAUGAGCAGUGGCACACCCUGUCCCCCGGGGGCCUGAGCUCUGCUGGGUGCCACCCUUCGUCAAUGCUGCUACGAAGCCAAUCGUGCGAUGCCACAUCACGAUAUCAAAGCUGUGGCUGCCAUUUUCUUAACCUUGCAGGGACAAUGUAGCCAUUUGAUUGUUUCUAUUUUAGAUGAAAUGACUAAUUCCCCCUCCAUGAGCAUGGUGUGGCGCGACGGGAUUGGCCGCCAGCCAGGGGCACCAAUGCAGAGGUGUGCUACCAUGCAGCAGCCAAACCCUCACCCUAUUCAGUUAGCAUCCAAGGCUUUGAAAAGCAAGCCACAUGGCUUUGCAGUUUCACUUUCCAGCCAUUGAAAAGCACAAAAGGAAGAAAACUCCCAACAACCUUCUUUCCUUUCUUACCCACAGCCCAUCCUCUCUUGUUCAAUCCUCUAACUGGGUAUAUAACUAUAUAUCAUUCUAUGUAUGUAUCAGUGCAUGUAAAUCCAAUUCUGACAGCACAGGCACAUAAGAGAUGAAGGGUGUGAAAGGAAGAUUCCUUAGGAAACUGAAAUAUGUGUCCACCAUCAACACUCUCAAACAAGGCCUAGUUAUUCAGCUAAAUCCCCCAGAAAAACUUUCCAAUCAAAACUUCCAAACCCCUUCAUCCUGCAAAGAAGAGGAUUACAACAAUCAUCUAGAUCAUGUUCCUGGACAUAUUAGCGUGCUUGAACUCAUAAAUGAUCUCGAAGCUGAGGAAAUGGAAUCGAACUUUCAUCUUGGUCACAAAGAAAGACUUGGAAGAAUCACCACGAAGUCUGAAUUCACAGAGGCAGUGCCAACCAAGGACAAUUCAGAGAUUACAGCACCAUCAGUACAUGGAUGCGAAAAUACUGUUCCAUUGGCUGAUGUAGUGACAGAAUCAAAAGCCUGUAACCUUGAGCAGAUGGCUGCAGAACAAAUUAAUAUCAAGGAAACGGAGGAGAAUGAUGAAGAAUCUCCUUCUCUGCUGGAAUUUGAAGAGAGGUGUCCUCCGGGAGGGAGCGACUCGGUCAUUCUCUACACAACAAGCCUCAGAGGUAUAAGGAAAACAUUCGAGGACUGCGGCAGCAUUAGAUUUUUGUUAGAGAGCUUUCGGGUUUUCUUUUAUGAAAGGGAUGUGGCAAUGCACUUGGAAUUCAGGGAGGAGCUGUGGAGGAUCUUGGGGGGCAGAGUAGUCCCCCCAAGGCUUUUCAUCAAGGGAAGGCACAUUGGAGGAGCGGACGAGGUCGUUGGGCUGCACGAGCAGGGGAAGCUUCGGAAGCUGCUGCAGGGGAUACCACUGGCUCCUUUGAAUUGCCGGUGCGAUGGAUGCACCGGUGCCCGGUUUGUGGUGUGCUUCAACUGCAGUGGCAGCUGCAAGGUCUUUGAAGAUGAGAGUGAUCACCAAAUGUUCACGAGGUGCUCUCAGUGCAAUGAAAAUGGAUUGAUUAAAUGCCCCAUUUGUUGCUGAGAAUCAGAAACUUACCUUAACAGCUUAACCAGCUUCUCCCUGGCUAGUCAUAUAUUUGUUUUCUCUUUGCUUACAAAAUUGUUCUCCAGAUUACAAAAUUUUAGUCCAUAUGGUGCUUGGAAUC